UUGAACGUGCCCCACGUCUUAUCUCCAAAUGUGCCCACAAUUGCAUGGAAACGUAUAGCGCUAUUGUUUAGCCGGCCCCGUAGUAGUGUGUCAACUUUUGCUGAAGUAAGUUCGCUCGACUCUCUCCCUCUGCGUGCGCAUCAUGUCACCCCAGGCUAGCAGCUUGGAGAUCAUCCCGCUGGAAGAGUUGUGCGUGCUGCGUGAUCUGUAUUGCAUCGAAUGGCCAAAAUAUGCGUACACUUACUACACGCUGGAUAACUGCUAUCACUGGCGCACGUUGGCCCGGGACGGGGAGUUGCAAGUGUUUACCGAUCCCUCACGUGAUUGGAGAAGCACGGGAACAUUCGUGCUGAGGGAUUGUAAGGAGCUAUUCUUCUACACCCUUGAAGCAACGACUGAUGGGUUGGAGUGGAUUCUUGGAAGCGUUAUGAAGGGUGGUGAUAUAAUCGUUAGUCUAGUGUACGAUUCCCGUUUCCGAGAGCUGGUAGAUCGGAUCGUAAGCUCGCUUUCCUUCACAAAGGACAGUGAUGAGCGGAUGGUAUGCUACAGACAGAUGACUCCCUGUGGGGAUGUAGAUGGCAAUGAAGAGCAACUGCAAAGAGAGUAUCGCUUUAGCCCGGUCAGCCCGGACGAUAGUGAGAUUGUGGAACAGCAGUGGGUACAUAGUGAUACCGUUUUUAGCAAACUGCCAACGCGUCUGAUUAAUCGUAAUCCAUCGUUGGGAGUGUACGACACUAAGGAUCGUCUUGUUGCCUGGUGUUUGAUUGAUCAGACGGGAUCGUUGGCCAUUUUUCAAACGAUGCCCGAUCAUCGCCGCAAAGGUUUAGGACGUGCUAUAAUCAAACGACUAUCAGCGGAACUGCACGCAAAGGAUCAGCUGCCCCAGGCGUACAUCGUGGAAAGCAAUGCGGCCUCACGCAGGCUGUUCGAACAGUUAGGAUUCAGUGCUGUGGAACUGUGGUACUGGACAAAACUUCACAAACGCGAACCGUGACAU